AUGGACACCGGAUGCGUCUUGAAGCAGCAUCAGCUGUAACAGAAGAUCCCGAUCCUGAAACUACAGCUAAAGGUUCCCUAUCCCCAGAACCAAAGACCAUGGAGCUCUCUGACAGUGACAGACCCAUCAGCUUUGGCUCCACAUCAUCCUCAGCCUCUUCCCGCGACAGCCAUGGCUCCUUUGGCAGCAGAAUGACCUUGGUUUCAAAUAGCCACUUGGGCUUGUUUCACCAGGAUAAGGAAGCGGGGGCCAUAAAGCUGGAGCUGGUUCCAGCACGGCCGUUUUCCAGCAGCGAGCUGCAGAGGGACACCCCUGCUGGGCCGCAGAACAUGGACCAGAGCAGUGAGAGGCAGCCCAGGACCCCAUGGAGAGUGGACACAAAUGGGGCGUCCAAAACGACGGCAGACACAGCCACCAGCCCCAAGCUCCUCUAUGUGGAUAGGGUUGUGCAGGAGAUUCUAGAGACAGAAAGGACUUACGUGCAAGAUUUGAAAAGCAUCGUGGAGGUAAGGCAAGCUUCGUUUUUCCAAGUUUGUCAAGCAGGAGAAAUAGGCUUGCAAAAUAAAGAGCAAAGCCAAGCUUUUCAAUGUGGAGGAUAUAUGUGUGUUGUCGCCCAAGAUGUACAGAGGUAUGAAAGUUUAAACAGAUGGCCUGUGAAGGCCCUCGCCCUUACCCCACUCAGGAUGAUGCUCUUCUACAGAGUGGGCCACAGCUCUGAGUGGGCGCUGCUCAACCCUCUGUUUGCAAGGGCUAUUAAUGUCUUCUCUGAGCGGAGAGACCCCCAGGAGGCUCCUUCCUGCUGGCUCAGGCCUGCUGACCCCUGCUGGUGCUGCAGUUUGCUGGCCCUGAGGUCCACGAAGCUGCAUCCUGGUGGCCAGAAAGCUGCUGGGUAUUGUCACCUCUCAAAAGCAGGGAUACAUAGGAACUGGCCCCUAAGAAGCAAGGAUCCAGCACAGGAGAUAGGCCGCAGACAUCAUCAGGAGGCUGUUGGUGAGCAUGUCCAGCAGCUGGAAGAAGAGCAUGUGCAGGACAGGGCAGGCUGUGGGCUCCAGGAGGGAGACCACAGGAAAGACGCUGAACUUCUGCAAGAUUUGGAAAACUGUGAAAAUGAUCCUGUGGCCAUCGCAGAAUGUUUUGUCUCCAAGAGUGAAGAGUUCCACAUUUACACCCAGUAUUGCACCAACUACCCAAGGUCAGUGGCCGUGCUAACCGAGUGCAUGAGGAACAAGAUGCUGGCCAAGUUCUUCCGGGAACGCCAGGAAACUCUGAAACACUCGCUGCCUCUGGGGUCCUAUCUCCUGAAACCAGUUCAGCGGAUUCUCAAGUAUCAUCUCCUUUUGCAUGAAAUAGAAAAUCACCUUGACAAGGACACAGAUGGCUACGAUGUGGUGCUUGAUGCUAUAGACACUAUGCAGCGAGUGGCCUGGCACAUCAAUGACAUGAAGCGGAAACACGAACAUGCAGUCCGGUUACAGGAGAUUCAGAGUUUGCUCACAAACUGGAAGGGGCCAGACCUGACCAGCUACGGGGAACUGGUGCUGGAGGGAACCUUCCGUCUCCAGCGGGCCAAGAACGAGCGGACGCUCUUCCUCCUUGACAAGCUGCUUCUCAUCACCAAGAAGAGGGAUGACACGUUUACAUACAAAGCUCACAUCCUGUGCGGCAACCUCAUGCUCGUGGAGGUGAUCCCCAAGGAGCCACUCAGCUUCAGCGUCUUCCACUACAAGAACCCCAAGCUGCAAUUGGCGGGGUGCUGGGGGGGGUCAGCCCUAGCUCUGGAGUCUCAGUUGGGCAGCAUCUACGGUGCCCAUGAGGGCAUUUAUCUCAUUGAAUUCCCUGAGCUCCUGAUCUAUGUUUUAAUGUCUCUACACUUUCUCUUUCAGGCCAAGCAAGCAAUACUUGAAAUGGAUGCCAUUCAUCAUCCAGGCUUCUGUUACAGCCCUGAGGGAGAGACAAAAGCAUCCUGUGGCUCUAGAGAAGGUUCUACACCCUAUCGGCUCAGAAGAAAAUCUGAACCUUCCUCAAGAUCACAUAAAGUUUUGAAGACCAGCGAAACAGUACAAGACAUCCGAAAGGUUUCUAGAGAGGAAGACUCUCCCCAGCGGACUUCGGCAGGGCCUUCUCCUGCCCAGAGGAACAGCCAGCCAGGCAGUUCUGCUGUGAGCAGCGUGCUUCGUGGGGGUAGCACCAUCAGAAACAUCUGGACGGACCACCAGAUCAGGCAGGCCUUGUUUCCCAGCCGCCGGUCCCCCCAGGAGCACGAGGAUGAUGAAGAUGAUUACCAGAUGUUCGUGCCAUCCUUUUCUUCCUCCAACUUGAACUCGGCCCGACUGUGUGAAGAGAGCAAUUCAAGUCGCCCUUGCAGCUGGCAUAUGGGACAGAUGGAGUUCUCAGAGGUCUCCAGCUCUGGCCACAGGAUUGUCCGGAGGGCCAGCAGUGCCGGUGAGAGCAACACGUGCCCGACUGAAAUAAGAAGGAGGGACAGCAGUGGCUCUCAGUAUAGUCCCCGAAGGGAACUGCAGAACGGCCCUCAAAGAGAAGGGCAGGAAGGGAUGAGUCCCUUUGGGUCAUCUAUAGAGUUGACAAUUGAUGAUAUCGACCAUGUCUAUGAUAACAUAAGUUACGAGGACUUGAAAUUAAUGGUUGCUAAACGGGAAGAAGCUGAAUUCACUCCCUCCAAAUCGGCCAAGGACUCCGUUCGUCCCAAGAGCACCCCAGAGUUAGCCUUCUCAAAGAGGCAGACUGGCCCUAGUACCAGUUCCCUACACACCAAAAGAAGUGGCGUGCUCACCAGUCAAGAGGCAUCUCAUCAAAGUACUCAGGAGCUCCAGGUGGUAGAGGAAAACAUUUAUGACACUAUCGGGCUCCCGGACCCACCGCCUCCAGAUUUCAAAAGCAACAGCCUUAAGCGGCCCAAGAGGAGCACCUUUUUGGGUCUGGAAGCUGACUUUGCAUGUUGUGACAGCCUGAGGCCAUUUGUUUCCCAAGAUAGCCUCCAGUUCAGCGAGGAUGAUGCGCCUUACCACCAGGGGCCCCCCGACAAUGACUAUUUGAGUUUGCUGUACAACUCCUCCAACUGCAACUUGUCUGUAGCAGAUAAGGCUCUGUCUGAUAAACUGUCUGAAGAGGUAGAUGAAAUCUGGAAUGACUUGGAAAAUUACAUCAAGAAAAAUGAAGACAAAGCUAGAGACCGUCUCCUGGCAGCAUUUCCUGUAAGUAAAGAUGAUGUCCAAGACAGGCUGCAUGCUGAGAGCACCCCAGAACUGCACAGAGACGCCGGUCACUCCACAUCCACACUGUCCCUCCCUGAGAGCCAGGCUUUCCUCACACCUCUGAAAAGCAGGGCCGUCAGAGCUAGCCGGGCCAACUACCCGCUUGAAGAAGACCUGAUUUCUACAGAAGGCUCCUUUGUGAGUCUUAACCGACUCUCCUUGGCCAGCGAAAUGCCCCCGGUGGACAGCCCCUACGACUCGGCCAACAGCAGCCUGCCCCAGACAGACCCCGAAACCCCUGAUCCUGGGAUGGAUACCACAGAUAAGACAAAAAGCAGGGUCUUUAUGAUGGCGAGGCAGUACAGCCAGAAGAUCAAGAAGGCAAAUCAGCUUUUAAAAGUGAGAAGUCCGGAGUUGGAGCAGCCGCCAGCCAGUCAGCAUAAACCCACCCACAAAGACCUGGCAGCCAUCCUGGAGGAGAAGAAGCAGGGUGGGCCUGCUAUUGGUGCCAGGAUUGCCGAGUAUUCCCAACUGUAUGACCAGAUUGUCUUCAGGGAGACGCCCCUUAAAAUUCAGAAGGAUGGCUGGGCCAGCACACAGGAACCGUCCCUCCUCAGGGCUGCCUCACCUUCCCAGGGCCAACAUGGUGGCGAGGAUUGGCUCUUGCAUUCAACUUAUAGUAACGGAGAGUUAGCAGAUUUCUGUCCCCGGCCACAGCAAGACUUGAGGUCAAAGUAUCCCACUUUAGAUAUUGGUACCAAAAGUACCCCAAGACAGUUGUCUGCAGCUUGCUCUGUGCCUUCUCUUCAAAUCUCUGACCCUCUCCUGGGCUCCAUGCAGAGAUGCAGUGUGGUAGUAAGUCAGCCCCACAAAGAGAACUCAUGUCAGGGCCAUCUUUACAACUCGCUGGGUCGGAAAGGAAUCAGUGCUAAAUCCCAGCCUUACAACAGGUCCCAGUCUUCUUCCUCCAUCUUGAUAAACAAAUCAAUGGACUCCAUCAAUUACCCCAGCGAGAUGGGAAAGAAACAGCUGCUGUCCUUACACCAAAGUGCACGGUGUGAGAGCCACCAGGAUUUGCUGCCAGGUACAGCUGAUUCAUGUCAGCAGGAUGCUGAUACAUGCUCUGACCUCACACUCCAAGACUCACAGAAAGUUCUGGUAGUAAAUAGAAAUUUACCUUUAAACGCCCACCUAGCCACACAGAAUUAUUUUUCCAAUUUCAAAGAGACUGAAGAUGAAGAUGACUAUGUGGAAAUAAAGUCUGAAGAAGACGAGGUGGAGCUGGAGCUACUGCAGAGUCGCAGAAGGAAAUCUGACUCCAAGAUGGCGGAUGCUGACUUCUCUGAUAACGUCUGCAGCAACAACCCACCUUACUCCUUGAAUAGUCCAUGCACUCCAAAAGAGCCCAUAAACAGCAAACUUGGGCUUUCACCGUAUCUGACAGCAUAUAGCGAUUCUGACAAACUGAAUGCAUACCUUUGGAGGGGGCCGUCUCCCAAUCAACAAAACAUUGUCCAGUCUCUAAGGGAAAAAUUUCAGUGUCUUAGUUCAAGUAGCUUUGCCUAAGGCUUCUCAGUAAUAGCUGCCUGAAUUAACUUCCUCUUACACUCAUCCAUCACAGAUACUGAUAGGUUUUGUAUGUAUCGGAUUAAAACAAUUUUGUAAUAACCAGAGGUGUAAAAUAUACUUUCUUUUACAGCACAACUUUUUGAGCCGGCUGACCCUACAGCCAGGAUUAUACUUUAGUGAGUGUCAGCACUGAAUAAUAUCUUCUUCUCAGAUGCUGACUGUCUUCACUUUCAUGUAAGUCAAUCUUACUUGAAAUUUUUUAGGCUUUUUGGGUAACAUAUUUUUUCCAUAUCCUGACAACAGUGCCCACACUUUAAGAAAUGCAGUAACCCUCUCAAAACCUACAACACAAAGGCAGCAAGGAGACUUUUUCAUAUUUUGAAAGAAAGGAACUAUCAGGCUGUUUUAAAGAAUUAUGCUUGUAGCUGACAUUUUGUUACAGUUGCGAUGAGACCCUGGAAUAACUUACGCCAGAGAUCUCUAGUUAGAACCCAGUCGUGAUGCCUAUUUUAGGAUUUCCAUGCUGGCAUUCCUGUGUCAUUUCAUUUCGACUCAGAAAUUGUGUGACCAUUGAAAACUCAAAUGUAGAAGGACCAAUUCACUGUAAGUAAAAGCCUUUACCUGUAUUCCUGGACAAGUCCUGAUGAAUGUGCUGCUGAUCAUGUUACUGAUACGAUUUCUGGGAUGAAAUGAACGAUUUCCUUCGUGGCUUAAAGAAAACGAAUUCACUAAAGCGCAAACUAACUUACUGUUAGAAAGAUGGAAAGACUCAGGGGGAACAACUUGGUUAUCCAUUCAUAUUACAGUUGAAGUGGGGACAGUUUGACCAAAAAAAAUCCUAUGAUACCAUUGUGUGUGCCUAACUCUAAUUAGGGAGAAAUAAACCAUAAGCUAAAAAUCAGACAAAGCACGUUAAAAUCACCCUUCCAGAGCAUUGUUCCAUAGGCACCUUCUUGAGUUUUUACUCUGCCAGUGACCUGCUAGAUCCUACCCCAAGGAGUCAAUUGCUAAAGGAAAGGGCAAGAACUUAUAUUCUAAACAGUACAUAACAGGUUUCCAUUAUUUCAUGGCAUAUGAAAGAAUAGUCUUUGGUUACUGGGUUCUGGAUAAUAACAUCUUUUAUGCUAUAAUUGUACUUUAUGAAGCAUUUCAUUAUGAUAUUAAAUACAAAUUCAACUCCUUAUGGAAGAAACAGAACACCAAAAGUAUCACAUUGUAAAUAAAAAGCAAAAUCAAAGAAGGUUGAGAUAAAUGAAGGCCGAUUUAUUGGUACUUUAUAAAAAUAUUCUAUUUUCUUGAUUGCAUGAAUGCAAUGAGAAUAUUUCCUCGCAGUAACCUUUGUAUUCUCAAUUUCAGCAGUUAUACAUUCUGUGGCCUUUCUUCACCCUCUGUUUCCUUUAUAAUUUUAUUUUCUCUUUAUUUUAAUUAAAAGCCAGUCAUUCCCAUUUUAAAAGAUACACUGAUAUAUGUGUAUGUGGCCUUUGCACUUGAAGGAAAGAACUAAUUAAAUCAGUGACAUCUUCCCAUAACUCUUUUCCUCUUUUUAAGUCCUAUCUCUGUUAACUUAAAACAUAAAAUGUAAACAUCCUCAUUUUAUAAAUAGGUACCUAGGGCAUUUUUUCCACUUUAAAUAACAACAACAACAAAACACCAGGUCUUUUGUUCUUCAAGCAUUUUGUCUUCUUGUAGCUCAUAAAGUGAAGUCCAGGGGUGGGGUGUGGCUCUGUGGCAGGCUUCCAGCAUGCAUGAGGCUCUGAGAUUGAUCCCCAGCCCUGCCAAAGGUGGAGGGAAAGUCCAUAUUAAACAGUAUGAUUCUGGAAACAUUCCUUCUUUGAUUGAUUUUAUUUAAACCUGAUGUGAGUUUUCAAGAUUAAGCAGCAUCCAAAAGACAAGCACUGAAGAAAGUAUUUUCUUAGACUUCCUAGAGGUAUAGUGCAUUUAUAUCACCUAUUUUUUAAAAAAGCAAAACACAAAGUUACCUGACUCUUCCAUUUUUGUGCUUUUGUCUAUAUGAACCAAAUUCUCCAAGGUCCAUAGUACUAUUGUGCCUAAGUCUCAGAAUUAUUCAUUGUUCAUCCAGUGUCUCGUUGCACAGCUUUGAUAAGUCACCUAUACGAACACACUCUACUGCGUGAAGGUGGAUGUUUCACUGUACGACGUGUCUAUGUGGUCCUUUGGAUUCUAAGACAAAUCUGUAGUUCUAUAGAUCACUCCCGUGGGCCAGAAUGAUGAUUUUGUCAGCUAUGUGUAAAUACAUAGUCAUAUUGGUCUGUUUCCCAAAAAUUAUCAAUUAAGUGCUUUUGUAGUUUGUUUUGGAGGUGGGUGGGGAUGUAUAUAACUGGGAGGAAAAUGUUAUCUGUACUUAAAGGUUCUUAUUAGGUUCCUGUAUGGAAGGGUCAAUUUUUUUAUAAGUUUACUUUUCACCUACUCUAUUCUUUUUUUUUGGGGGGGGGGGAAUGCAUCUAGGAAAACAUAGUUUAAAUACUGUAUAUAAGAUAAUGAAAGUUAGUAAUGCCCACUAUUUAAUAAAGUUUGUAAAGUGUAAAGUAAA